AUGGAUCGAAGUUGGAUGAGUAAGCCAAGACAGGAUACUGCAUAUCAAGAUGGUGUUGAGCAAUUUUUGACUUUCGCUUACGGGACAUUCCACGUGAUAGCGAGAUACUUUGUCCUUGCAAAAAUGCAAAACAGAUUAAACCAUAGCCAUGAUGAAGUCAGGACACAUUUGAGAUGUGAUGGUAUUAUUCAAGGUUAUACGACCUGGGUUCAUCAUGGAGAGAUGUAUGAAAGUCCACAAUUUGCAUUUGUUGACGUGCCAACUGACACUACAAACUUGCCUACUUCGGGUGUCUCAAGGGCUCCUGCAGUACAAGAUGGCAUGCAAGAACUACUUCAAGCUGCCUUUUUCAGGAAUGAAAUGUUUGAGUCACUACCAAGUAUGUCUGAAGGUGUAGUAGAUGUUGAAUUAGGAUUUGCAGAUAUGGAACAAACUGUAGCUGAGGAUGUGCAUCCUGCAGAUGACAAUGCUAAGGAGAGUGAACAGAAUCUAUAUGAAAGAUACUUGAAGGAUGCACACACAAGCUUAUAUCCUGGGUGUAAAUUUUCUAAGUUGUCAUUUUUGGUAAACUUAUAUUACUUAAAAUUCUUAAAUGGCUGGACACAAGAAUCAUUUACAAGACUUCUAGAAGAAGUUAGACCUGGUGGCCCCGCUCACUACUACCGUGGAUGUACCCCAUGGAGAGAUUUUUUGUUCGGCUUAAAAGCGCUUGUGAAGAAUGAGCUCAGCCAGAAGGUUCGAUUGCUGAAGGGCAAUAUGAAAGAUAUGUACAUGUUUGAGAGUGCUGGAGAACCAAUUGGAAAAGCUACUGUAAGCCAUUUUGAUAGCCAGCUUCUUAUUCAGGCACAUCGAUACGUGUUGCGACACUGCGAUGAACUUGAAGAAUUCCGCAAAGAGUUUGUGGAUGAGGAGAAAGGAAAAUCGUGUCCUUCAACAACUUUGAUUCUGGCUUCCAUCGAUAAGUUGAUAGACCAGCACUUCCCUGACUGGUUGGAACAGAAGGUUAUCCUAGGUGAUGGACUAGGAAUCACUAAAAAAGUUCGAGCUUUGGCUGCCAAACCGAGCAGACAUGGUGUGAGAUACAGCGGCUAUAUUAUUAAUGGUUUCAGGUUCCACACACUGAGUCGUGAGGCUGCAAGGUCGACACAAAAUAGUGGUGUAGUUAACAUUGCAGAAGAUGGGGUUAAUUAUUAUGGCAGAUUAACAGAUAUAAUAGAACUGACAUACACUGACUACAAGGCUGUUCUUUUCAAAUGUGAUUGGUAUGAUGUCCAUCAUCGUGCUGGUUUACGAAACGAUGAGUUUGGAUUACCACUUGUGAAUUUUUCAAAGAAAAUACACACUGGGGAAAAACUGGAGCAUUAUCCCUGUGUCUUUUCUUCAUAA